CAUAUCUUAUAUGGCCUAAUGGUGGCGAUCAUGGCAAGUUAGAAGUUUUCUGACUCCUCUCAGAGGAGCCUCCGGGACCCCGGGGAGUAACAGGUGUCUGGACGCUGAAGGGUGGAGGGGUUCCUGGAUUUGGGGUUUGCUUGCGAAACUCCCCUCCACCCUCCUCUCUCGCACCCACCCACCCCCUCACCCCCUUCUUUUUCCGUCCUUGGAAAAUGGUGUCCAAGCUCACGUCGCUCCAGCAAGAACUCCUGAGCGCCCUGCUGAGCUCCGGGGUCACCAAGGAGGUGUUGAUUCAGGCCUUGGAGGAGUUGCUGCCAUCCCCGAACUUCGGGGUGAAGCUGGAGACGCUGCCCCUGUCCCCUGGCAGCGGGGCAGAGCCCGACACCAAGCCGGUCUUCCAUACUCUCACCAACGGCCACGCCAAGGGCCGCUUGUCCGGCGACGAGGGCUCCGAGGACGGCGACGACUAUGACACACCUCCCAUCCUCAAGGAGCUGCAGGCGCUCAACACCGAGGAGGCGGCGGAGCAGCGGGCGGAGGUGGACCGGAUGCUCAGUGAGGACCCUUGGAGGGCUGCUAAAAUGAUCAAGGGCUACAUGCAGCAACACAACAUCCCCCAGAGGGAGGUGGUCGAUGUCACCGGCCUGAACCAAUCGCACCUCUCCCAGCAUCUCAACAAGGGCACCCCUAUGAAGACCCAGAAGCGUGCCGCCCUGUACACUUGGUACGUCAGAAAGCAACGAGAGAUCCUCCGACAAUUCAACCAGACAGUCCAGAGUUCUGGAAAUAUGACAGACAAAAGCAGUCAGGAUCAGCUGCUGUUUCUCUUUCCAGAGUUCAGUCAACAGAGCCAGGGGCCUGGGCAGUCCGAUGAUGCCUGCUCUGAGCCCACCAACAAGAAGAUGCGCCGCAACCGAUUCAAAUGGGGGCCCGCGUCCCAGCAAAUCUUGUACCAGGCCUACGAUCGGCAAAAGAACCCCAGCAAGGAAGAGAGAGAGGCCUUAGUGGAGGAAUGCAACAGGGCAGAAUGUUUGCAGCGAGGGGUGUCCCCCUCCAAAGCCCACGGCCUGGGCUCCAACUUGGUCACUGAAGUCCGUGUCUACAACUGGUUUGCGAACCGCAGGAAAGAGGAGGCAUUCCGGCAAAAGCUGGCCAUGGACGCCUAUAGCUCCAACCAGACUCACAGCCUGAACCCUCUGCUCUCCCACAGCUCCCCCCACCACCAGCCCAGCUCCUCUCCUCCAAACAAGCUGUCAGGAGUGCGCUACAGCCAGCAGGGAAACAAUGAGGUCACUUCCUCCUCAACAAUCAGUCACCAUGGCAACAGCGCCAUGGUGACCAGCCAGUCGGUUUUACAGCAAGUCUCCCCAGCCAGCCUGGACCCAGGCCACAAUCUCCUCUCACCUGAUGGUAAAAUGAUCUCAGUCUCGGGAGGAGGUUUGCCCCCAGUCAGCACCUUGACGAAUAUCCACAGCCUCUCCCACCAUAAUCCCCAGCAAUCUCAAAACCUCAUCAUGACACCCCUCUCUGGAGUCAUGGCAAUUGCACAAAGCCUCAACACCUCCCAAGCACAGAGUGUCCCUGUCAUCAACAGUGUGGCCGGCAGCCUGGCAGCCCUGCAGCCCGUCCAGUUCUCCCAGCAGCUGCACAGCCCUCACCAGCAGCCCCUCAUGCAGCAGAGCCCAGGCGGCCACAUGGCCCAGCAGCCCUUCAUGGCAGCUGUGACUCAGCUGCAGAACUCACACAUGUAUGCACACAAGCAGGAGCCCCCCCAGUAUUCCCACACCUCCCGGUUUCCAUCUGCAAUGGUGGUCACAGAUACCAGCAGCAUCAGUACACUCACCAACAUGUCUUCAAGUAAACAGUGUCCUCUACAAGCCUGGUGAUGCCCACACACCACUUACUUUGCGUGCAGCAACAAGGACCCUGUUUUCCACACCAUCACCCUCUGGGCAGCUGUCAUGGAAAAGCCCAGUGACCUGACAAGCACCUGCGAGAGGUCCCUGCUUACCUGACGGACGUCCUGCUGGCACCUCAGACAAUCCACUCUCAGGAGGCGCAGCCCGAAGCCCAGCUUCCCUUCUAUGCAGUAUUGCCACGAUGCCUCUCCCACGAUGUCAAGGACUCCUGUCUGUCCUGGAGGUGGGAGACAAGGAACCGCCGAAGAGGAAGCAAGAAAGCCGUACUGUCUACGUUGUGAUCCUUCAUCGAACAAACUGAUGUGAAAACUUGAAUCUGUUACUGAAACGAGGAGAGAAGGACACGUGCUAUUGAACUGAGCCAAACACACUGUAAAUAUCCGCAGACUCCCUCUCCCGCCCCCAUCCCAAAUGAUCUUGAGAUUUCUUUUAAAGAAGUAAAUUUGUC